AUUUAGAUUUUGUUAAAAAUCUGCCUGUUCUUGAGACAUUAAAUAUGAGCAAUAAUUUUAUUCAUACUUUAACUACGAAAAGGUUACAGAGUGAUUCAUUAAAUGAGCUUAUUUAACAAUACUAGACAUUUCUUCCAACAACAUUGCUGCAAUUCCUGAUAAGGUUUACGAUUCGUUACCACGGAAUCUCAGACAUGUUUAUAAAUCACAACAAACUCUCAGAUUUGAAUUGGAUUAAACUAGAAGAUUUCCACAACCUCAAGACCCGCGAUCAAAAUUGCACAACUCUCAAAUGGAUUUUUAGAGGGCGCCCUACAACCCCCUCACUGAACCACAACAAGCUGACUGUUUUCAACCAGACUACCUCCUGAACAAAACCUAAACACCACCUUACAACGUUGUCUUAACAUGGGAACUCAUUUCAAUGCUCAUGUGAUGCACUGGAUUUUAUUCUUUGGAUUGAAGACAACAAUGUCACCACGGAUGUCGACUACUUCUUGUCCUACGGCCAUCAUCAGGUGAUGAUUUAUUUUGAGUUUGACCAGUGUGUCAACAACACUCUGGCACUGCUGAGUUCCAUUCUCACGGCUACCUUCAUUGUUGUCACCACGUCGAUGGCAACGGUGGCGCACAUCUUCUACUGGGACACCUCCUACGUCCUGCAUUACCUGAAGGCCAAAUUGAAGGGCUAUCGUUCUUCAGCCUCACAAGACAACGUGUACGAGGUCUUCAUUACCUAUGACACCAAAGACCCCUGGGUCUCGGAGUGGGUGCUGGAGACGCUGAGGGUGAAGCUGGAGGUCGAGGGGGAGAAGGCGUUUCCCUUGUCUCUGGAGGAGCGGGACUGGCCCCUCAUCGCACCUUUCAUCGACAACCUCACCCAGAGCAUUCGCUACAGCCUUAAGACCCUGUUUGUGCGGACUAAGGCGUACGCUAACCCUAACGCUAAGGCAGGGGUGUUCCGCUUGGCCAUGUACCUGGCCCACCAGCGGCUGCUGGAUGAGAACCUGGACGUGCUCGUGGUGCUGAUGUUGGAGCCUGUCCUGCAGAACUCCCACUUCCUGCGUCUGAGGAGGAGGCUGUGCGGGGAGAGUGUUGUGGAGUGGCCCAGGACUGCGGCCGCUGAGCCCUGGUUUUGGCAGAACCUCAGGAAUGUAGUCAGGGUGGACAACCAGACGAUGUACACCAGCACUUACUCUCAGUACUUCACCUGCAGCCGGGAGAGAGACUGAAGCUGCAGCUUGGACGCUUUCCUCUUUUUCUGAAUUACUUUUAUGUUAAGUGACUUAAAUUUACUGGUCGUUGUUAUGUAGGCUAUUUUUGUAGUUAUCUAUGUUGAGUGAUGCUUUUGAACUGAUCUUCUUUAUGGGUUGAAUGUUUUAACAGCCUAGUUUUAUGUCAUAGUGUUAUCAGGCUUUGUUUUGUAUGGCUGUUGUCUUGUGGUUUCAAAAGUUCCAUAAUAUUGGGCCUCUAAAAUUUUAAUUAAGGUUGGCCUGCGGCUGAACCGUUUUGGAAAGGUUGGUCAACUCUCAAUACCAUUUAAAUAAUUAUAUAAAGAAUUCUGUAAAGAAUAUAAGUAAAAAAUGGCGAAUAGUUCCCGACACCAAUGCUAAAUGUGAUUAUUUUAUCAAUGAUCUUUGGUGGCUUUCCAUGUAGACGGUGAAAUAUUUGAUGUGUUUAUUAAAUAAAAAGUACUCAAUCAAUUAUAAAAAAUAUCGAGAGAUCUUGAGGCAAAUCAUUGCAAACAAUGUUUAAAAAUUUGACAUUGUUGAUGUUUCUGUAGAUUUUAUGAGAACUUUGUAUAUUAUCAAUGAGUACCUUCCCAUUUUUGUC